AUGGUUGUGGCUGUGAAAGUGCCUCCACGCAUGGGAAGCAAUCGAGUUUUUAAGGAAAAAUUUCUGGAAGCCGAUAAAAACGUGAAUACGGGUAUACACUCCACUGUGUUUCCCCACAGUCGCACUUCGCCGCCGAAAGCGAAACGAAAUUUCAGAAGGGGUUCAUCGAAGCCCGGAGAAUCGGAGUAUCACCGCAAAAAGGAACAGAACGGAAGAAAAUCGGUACAAUCUUUCAAAACAAAAAUUCGCGACAGCUUGAUUUGUAGCUCGCUCGCCGUCAUGAGUCACAAGCCAGAGUCGAUGUCUCGGACGUUGUCCACAGAGCCGCCAUUCUCCAUGGCCGAGAUGCAAAAGGCCCUGGCCCUGGCCGAGCACAUAAUGGGAAGCUUCACGUUGACAAAGAAGAUCCCACGAGAAGAUACGCAAGACGAUGAAAUCAUCGAAGAACUAGCCACGAUUUCAGGCAUCGAAGAUCUCCGUACUUUCCUCAUACAACGCUGUCGACAGAAAUUGGCCGCUUGGCCAGCUCUAUUGGCACGCAAAUGGAUCUCUGCAAAUUUCAUGCAGGGCAAAUCGAGAAAACAGAAAAGCGACCCGGUCUCAGCGGGUGUUUCAGGAAACCCCGAAGAAACAGGCUUUUCAUUCAGAGUGAUCCAGUGGAAUCUCUUAUCUCAA